GCAGAUCUUUCUGUGAGUAUGGAGCUCUGCCAGAAACUGGACUUUGGCAAGCUCUCGCUCCAUGUGCUUUCGAUGCAUUGCUGCGGAAAAGAGAUCAUCCUCAAGCUGCAGCUGGUUGAAGUUCAAGAUCUCUGUUUGGCCACGCUCGAAGGACAUGAGCGACUGGAGUAUGCGAAAGGACGCAAAGAUGCGGGAUCCAAGUUCUUCAAGCGCGACAAGUUCGAGUCGGCGCUUGAGCGCUACAGCCUGGCUGCCGAGAUGCUUGGCCACCGCGAUGACAUCAAGGAUAAUGCGCUUUGGGCGCAAGCACAAGACGUCCGGGCACUCUGUGAGCUGAAUGCAGCAGCCUGUUUGCUGAAGCUGGAGAAAUGGCGGGAAGCGGAGGCGGUCUGCAAUGCGAUCCUUCGCGCGAGCCCUGACAACGAGAAGGCACUUUUCCGGCGAGCCAAAGCUCUGUUGGCCUCGGGUGAUGCGGCAAGGGCAGAGGUUGAUCUGCGCCGAGUUCUAGAGGCCAACUCCGGCAAUGCAGAAGCAAAGCAGCUGCUGCAGAAGGCCCGACAGCAAGGCAAAGGAACGGAGAAGGAGAGGAAGGUCUAUGCAAAGAUGCUGCAAUGA